AUGAGUGGAAAAAGUCAACAGAAGAGAGAAGGUCUCCAAGUGGUAAAAGUUUCGGAAGAGCCAGGACGCCGCUACGUGUUGGAUGAAGAGGCGCUAGAGAGCAUCCUGCUGCGGGAUGAUAUACGCAACCUGCCCAUCGUCGUCGUCAGCGUCGCCGGUGCUUUCCGUGGUGGAAAGUCUUUCAUCCUCGACUUCUUUCUUAGAUACCUCAAGGCUCCCACUGAGAGCCAAUUAACCAAAGAAUGGCUGGGCAGCGAAGACGAACUCUUGGAGGGUUUCGACUGGCGUGGUGGUUCUGAGAGUAACACUAAAGGUAUCCACAUAUGGCCAGAACCCAUCGUUGUGUCCACACCACAAACUGACGAAAAGGUGGUAGUUCUACUGAUGGAUACUCAAGGAACAUUCGACAUGGAGAGUGACAUGGGAGAUAACUCCAGCAUCUUCGCCUUAUCCACACUUCUGUCCUCUGUGCAGAUCUACAAUCUUCGAGCUAACAUUGGUGAAGAUGAUCUUCAACAUUUGCAGCUUUUCACGGAAUAUGGGAAAUUGGUGUGCAAUACGGAAGGAAAGGCAUUCCAGACUCUGCUGUUCCUCGUCAGAGACUGGUUUAGCCCGUACGAACACCCCUACGGCUACAUAGGUGGCGAAGGACUGCUGAAUAAAAGAUUCCAGCCUAAACUGAAACAGAAAAAACAAGUAAAAGAAGUGCGCGAACAUAUUCACUCGUGUUUUGAAAAGCUGCAAUGCUUUUUGAUGCCGUUCCCAGGUCCUAUGGUCGCUAAUGCACAAUUUAAGGGGCGUCUCUGUGACAUUGAAAAAGAAUUCAAAGAAUCUCUUUUAGAGCUAGUUCCGUCGUUACUGGACCCAAAUAAAUUGACCCGGAAAAUCAUUAACGAACAUGAGGUAAGAGCACAAGGAUUGCUCGAGUUCUUUAAGAGUUACGUGGACAUAUUCAACAGUGAAGAUCUGCCGCAAGCUACUACCAUUUUCCAGGCUACAGUCGACGCUUGUAUGAUGUCAGUCCUUCGAGAAGCGAGAGAGCGCUACGAGAGCAUCAUGGAGCCGAACAUCGUUGAAAAUCAGACCAUAUCGACAAACAUCAUGCAGGAGUUGCACAGCUCUGCCGUUGCUGCUGCUGUUACUUACUUCGAGGGGAAAAAGAAGCUUGGAUCAGAGGAUAACGUUAAAGCCCAUUUGGUGGACCUAAAAAAGGAGUUAGAUGCUCGGCUGGCGAGAUAUCUGUUGCAGAAUGAUGCUAAAGUCAGGGUCACGAUGUCAGAUGCUAAGAAGGCGUAUGAAGACGUUGUUAGUGCAGUGUGUGGAGAUCAAUCUCGUCUUUGUUUGCAUGUACAGGACCUGCGCUCAGUGCACCUGAAAGCGAUACAGGCCGCCCUCGAUGUGUUUGACCUUACUAGGGCAAAGGUUCCGAAGGAAUCAGAUAUAGAUAGAAAAAUGUUAAUUGAGAGCUUAGAAAAACAUUACGAAUACUUGUGCACUGUGAACGAGCAGAACAACAGGAACGCUACAUUGGAGGCUCGUGAGUUGUACCUGACACAGAUGAAAGACGGGGUCGACCAACAGGGCGUCAGCUCUGAGGCACUCAGGGCACGACACGAAGAGGCUUUGCAUGCAGCUACAAGACACUUCCAAUCAUUACGUAACCAUCCCACCCAAGAACAAACGGAUCCAGACUUGGAGCAGCUGCAAAAAGAUAUCGAGUCAUAUUUCGCGAGUUUCAAAAAGGCAAACGCUCACAGCAACUUGUUAGCGAUGCAGAUAGCAGAAUAUGCAUACAACAACUACGUUUCAUUGGAGUGGGUUCCACACUCCUGCUGCUUUCAUCCACGAGCGCUCCAAGAGAUGCACGAGGAAGCAAAGAAGUGCGCUCUCAAGCAGUUCCUCGCUGACAGGACGGAAAGCAUAGACGAUGAAUAUAAGGAUAAAUUGAUUGCAAAUCUUGAAAUUCGUUACGGAGCUCUUCAGAAAAAUAACAAUUACAAUAAUAAACAGGCCGUGGACCAAGCGUAUGGAGAGUAUAUACGUGAAAUGGACAACUACAGCCGGCCUGGAGUUAAAGCUCUCUUCAUUGUAACAUUCUUAGUGAAGUCUUUCUCGUGGUCUAAGUACCAUGAGAAAGCCAAGAAAAAGGCGAUGAACGUCUUCAACGAAAAACGUCGUGGAGCUACUUAUGAUGAUGAUGAACAUUUGAAUGAGCUCAAAGAGAAAAUCGACGAGGCUUAUGGAGACUAUAAGAACCCUCUGAAAUCUUUGGGCCGAGAAAUAGGAUUGUAA